AGAAAAUCAGUCAAAAUCUUCAAUAAUCGAAACUUGGGAGUGAUAGGAUGUUCGCGAUUGCUCAUAACUCAAUCCUUCGGGACUCGCUGGCUGGAAUUCUGCAAUUGAGUCCGGAAAGAGUUUUUGAUGAGUACAGGCCACCACCAUUCACAGGAAACAUCGUGGUUGGAGUUGAAGAUCUUCGUGACGCCAACCUCCGUUUUGCAGUCAGAUAUUUCCUUGCAAAUGUGGAGAAGAGUAUUUCUCUAUUCAUUGUAAAACAGGAAUGGAGUGAAAAUGAUGAGAAAUUCUUUGAUGAUCUUGUGAAAACUGAAUACAGAAGAGCUCAUGAUCUAAAUCAAGUUGCUAUUGAUCGUGUCAAUAAGCUUCCUGAUAACGAAUGGAAAAGUGAUCGACUGGAACAAUUGAAUGAAUGGAGGACCAUUCCAGCCAUCAAUUAUAGUCUUCUCACGCUAAAUGAUAAUCUGAAAAAUCAAAUCGACGCGCUCGCCAAAGUGACACCAUGCACGAUUUCUGAUGACGAAGAACAAAUAACAAAUAAGCCACCAGUUCUCCAUUGGACAGCCGAUCCAUUGGAAGGAGAAAUUCAGUUUAUUGCUCAAUUAAACUUUCCAUUGUCUGGACCAGACGACUCGUCAUUCCGAGAGAUUUGUCGACUCUUGAAACCACAUUUCGAGACAUCUUAUGAAUGGACAGGAGGCAUUUUGUUAACAAGUGAUCCUGUUCGAUUGCAUGUUCAAAGAUUCAAUGAUACACAAAUUGAACUGGCUGCAAGGAUUUGUGUUGAUGAGUUGGAAGGAGAUGAAGCCGAUCGGCCGAUUAGAUUCAUUUGGCCAUACCUUGCAGUUUCGCUGAAACAGGCACUUCAAGUACUCGGGGAGCAUCCACAUCUACAGUACUCGAUCUCAUUUGUCCCAUUUGGUUCGAUCUUCUUCAAAUCAUCUGAAAUCGAAGCUCGUGUGUUCGAUGCAACAGUAUUCUGCUCAACUGCUCUGAAAUACGAUAAAGUUGGAUUCCGAGUGGGUGAAGAUGUACAUCAUGUGGAUAUUGCUCAUAUAUUUCCCGAUGGAACAUAUCCAUCACUUUCACGUCUUUUAUCAAUGAAUCCUCCAUCACCAAGAUUUUCUCGUCCAGAAUCUGUUAAUGAUUCAGUUUCACCUUCAUUGAUGUCAGAGCCACCGACUCCUGGAGGUUUAGUUGCACCACAUAAUAGAGGAAGACGAGUUUCUUUUGGAACCAUAAAGCUAAUGUCUGAUGGUCCUACAACUCCAGAAAUUCCAAUUCUCAAUGGAAAUUCGAACGAUGGAUCAGCAAAAACAGUCGACGCAUUCAUUGACAAAAUGCUUCAACAGACGAUGGAUCAGCUGGCAGUUUGAUCGAGAUUACUGUAGACAUCACAUAUUUAUUUUUCCUUUUUCUUCACAAAAAAAUCCCUUAAACACAAUCAAUUCUCUUUAAUUAAAAAAACAUGUUUAUUCUUUAAAUUGUUUAUUUUGAAUUUAAAAAAAUAAAAACCGAUUGGCUGAG